GUAGGCGACAUGAUUUUCCGUUGAUGUUCCAAAGAUGUAUUUUUUCUCAAAAUCCUUUUUUUUACCCCAAAAUCACUUAAAUUCGUUUCUUUGAUGAAAAAAAAUUGAAAGUGGAGCUGAGAACUUUCUAAAAAAUCGUCAGUUGCGUGUUCCAAUAAGUAUAGAAUUAUGAACGUGAGUACAAAUCCUGGCGAUGGGGGAGGGGACAAGCGUUUGCCAGAGGCAUCGAUACAAACCAUUCCACAGAAUCUCACGACAAUUCAAACUGUCCAAAGUGCUCAGAAUAUGAUUCAGAGCAACAUCCAGACGAUUCAGUCCACCCAGGGAGUCGUGGGAGCAGUUGGACAACCUGGAACUCUGGUCGGAAAAUCAGUUUCCUUAGAGCUAAAUCCAAAACUUUCCCUUUCAAAGCCCGGUAUGCCCUCGAACAUUGUUUCUUCCACCGAUUCGAGUAAACUCACAGCAACUCUCUGUCAAAUGAGUCCCACCCUUCGGAUAAUCAGUCCGAACAUGAUUAGCAACGUUGAACGACAACCUCAACCCCAAAGUCAGGAAGUUCAGCAAGUAGUGACUAGCAUUCCUGCUACUUAUCACGUUCCCCGAGGACCAGCAGCCGUUGCCAGUAUUUCAACCCCCAGAGCCACAAUUGCGACUCCAAUCGUUAGAUCGACUGGACAAGCGGUGCCGAUUUCGAGACCUGGUGUGAGUGCCACGGUCCCAAGUUCACAAUGGCCGCCGAAGACACCCUAUUUGUACGUCCCGCCACAGAGACACCCAUUACCGAUUGUCCAACGAGUGACAACGAGACCUGCUGUUUACAGCAGUGUGCAGCAACCUCGUCUGGUGACCUCGGUUCCGGGUCGCCCCGUCCAGGCCGUCCAAGCAGCUGUUGUCACUGGACUUCCUGGGGCGCCCUGCCGAUUGAGGGCCCCGAUUCUCCAGACCAACAACAAUGUUGCGCGGCUUCCUGUGGCGCCGACGAGACCUACUGCUCAGCUAGAACAGGUUCCCCAGAUCAGCCAAUCGCCGAGGGCGGUCUCCUCUCAACCGAUUCAGUUGACGCAGCCGACGAGGACUCUGACGACGUCGAGCACGGUGAACAGAAUAGCAGUUGCGGCCCCAGUAAUGGGGACAGCAAGUAGAAUCACAAGUGUUGCCUCUGUGCAACCCACUGUAAAUAAACAAGUGGCAAUCACAACUUCUGCUCCGACGAGUGGAUCGGCGACCGUCAGUCGCAUUGUUCUUCCUCAACAGCAAACAAUUCCUCGGGUUGUACAAACCGUGGCUUCGGUCACCUCCUUGGCCCAAGUGUCCCGGGUCAUUACAACAGUUGCAAAUACAGCAAGUGUCCCUAGAGUUGUUAGUCAACCGGGACAAACAUCGGUGGCUCGAAUAACCGGGAUUUCUAUGCAUUCUUUGCCAAUAACGCCGACGAGAGCGACGCCAACGACGAUAAAAACCACCCCGACAUUGAAUGUCGCUCAAGCAAUUCAGCCGAAACAACCGAUACAACAGUCAACUCUAAGAAUUGUUACGAGCGGUGCUACCAGUUCCAGCAAUACCAUGGCUGUUGCCAAUCCUCCCCAACCCGUCCAAGCAACGUAUUCGCAAUAUCGACCUGCUGCCAUCCAACCUGUGAGACUUUUAGUCGAACCUGCAUACGAGGAGCCACAAUACAAACCGAACGCUUCACCCCGACCGAGUAUUUUGAGGAAGAGAGAUCAUGACAGUUCUCCAGCGAAAGGAGUGGUGAAAAAUUUAACACCAGUCCUCGCGAAUAUGCCUCUGUCUUCAUGCAGUCCGCCUAGUUCCCCGAGAGCAGAUCGAGACGGAGGAGGAUGUCAAAGUUCAGGAUCGACGACAGUUUCGGCAACAUCCUCUCCAGGACUGGACGAAGAACCUGAACAGUCUCGAAUCAAUAUCAAUUUAAAUAUCAAUAUCAACACAACAGUGGAAAUGUCGCCCAGGAAAAAGCCUCGAAAGCAGCAGCUGACUGGCGUCGAAUUGACCGAGUCAAGAUGCACGGAAGUAGAGAUGCAGUUUAUCACGGAAGAAAAAAUUCGGAAGGAGAAGGAAGAGAAGGAAAGGGCGACUCACGAGAAAAAGCAAAGUUCGUUACUUCGACAGGAAAGUGAACAAACCCCGGUUCGGACGAGGCCGACUCCUAGUUUAUUAGGUUCUUCCUGGAAGAAUAGGUGGAAUGGACGACUUCACCACUACCGAAGGCCGAGCGACGUGAGGCCCAAGGAAGAGAGGAGGCCCACAGUUGCAGAAUUGGCCCAGGGGAAGAAUGUCAUUCAAAAAUUGAACGGCUGGAAGAUUUAUCACCUCACCGCACAAAUGGAAAAUCUCGCGGAAAUGGAGAAGCAAGUUCAUGACAAAUUAAAAUCGACCCUCGCAAUUUUGGAGGCUGAACAAAGUGUUAAAGAUGAUGGACUCGAGCGGACUAAUGAAUUAAUUAAGGGAAAUAUGCAGAGGAGUAGUUUGAUAAGUGAAGGUAUGAAUGAAGCGCGAUCUCAACUUGUUACAAUUUUCCAGCACCAAGGACACGUUCGUGGGAUUUUGGAAAGAAAUGCGAAUAAACGGUCGCAGAAAAAAAGAGACAAGUGAAACUGGGGACUGGGAGGGAUUAAAGAUGGACGCGAAAGAGAAUUCGUAUUUUUAUCUCUGUCAGAUUAUAUAUCAUAAAUAUUAAUAAACCAUUUUUUUAAGUGAUAA